CAUUUUAUGUUACCUAUAGAUCUAAGUCAUCUAACAUGCGUCGAAACAGUUAGGUGUAAACACAGUAAAGUUUAUUUUAUGUCAGCGUCGAACUCGAAGUUAUUUAAUUACAUGUGGGAAAGAAAACAUCAUGGGAAUUUUAGCAAGCCGUCAGAAUGCAAGAAUUGAGGAAAAUGAGAUGGGAGCCACUUACAUAUACCGUUACCCUCCAAAAUCAGGUAAUUAUUUUUCUAGCCAUUUCAUCAUGGGAGGAGAGCGUUUUGAGAUAACCCAGCCCGAAGCCUACCUAUUUGGGGAGAACAUGGACUUAAACUUUUUAGGAGGGAAACCAACACCUUUUCCAUACCCCGCUCCUCAAACAUGUGAAGCAACCCUUCCGUUGAGAAGUUUGAUGAAUAUUAGAAAGGAGUCUCUGCGUUUUGUAAAGCCUUCAGAAGAUACUGAGGAAGGAAGUCUUAAAUCCAGCACUGACUAUAACAUAGAAUUCACAUUUGAUUCAGAUGUGAGCUGUGCCAUUACCAUCUGUUACUUCUGUGCUGAAGAGGUAACGGCUCAAGGAUAUUUCUGCAAACCCAGAGAUCCAUCAAUGAAUUCUGAAACCUAUCACUACAAACGCGGAAUUAGCCAGCAGUUUGUUCAAGUGUCUCAUAUUUUCAAUCCCAGCAAGUACCCAGAAGAAGAUUUGACUUGCAGAUUUGAAGAUGAAAUUUUACUCCCUGUAGUAGUACAGUGUGUUGCUGAAGAAGGUGAAGAACCUCGACAAUCUCAUACAUUGAUAGCUGCAGUUGAGAAAAACUCUGAUAGUACGUAUUCAUUAAAACCUCUGAAGCAGAAGCUCUUUGUUGAUGGAUUGUGUUAUCUCAUGCAAGAGAUUUAUGGGAUUGAAAACAAAAAUGUAAAUCCAUGUAAGGAAGGUAGUGAAGAUGAAAUAGAAGACAGUGGAGCAGAAUGUGUUAUUUGUAUGAGUAACUCUCGUGAUACUCUGAUACUUCCAUGCCGUCAUCUCUGUUUAUGCAAUAGCUGUGCUGAUUCCUUGCGUUACCAGGCCAACAACUGCCCUAUCUGUAGAUCUCCAUUUCGUGCUCUUCUCCAGAUACGAACUGUCAGGAAAUCAAAUGCUGGCAUUUCCCAACUGAGUGGUAGAGGAGAUACUCAGGCUUCCCCAGAUGUACCUCUUGGUUAUGAACCUGUUUCGUUGCUUGAAGCUUUAAAUGGACCCUAUCAACCUCCUGUUCCACGUUCGCUGUCUAUCAUGGCAGUCCAGCCUCCUCUACCCUUAAGUACAGAUAGUGCUGAUGUUCAAGUGAAAUCCAGAAGUCUGGAAAGGUUACAGUCCUCCAGUGUUUCCUCUUUGCAAGUUCACGGAGUGAGUUGUGACCAUGACAAUAAAGAUUCUGGGAGUAAACUAUUACAGCCAGAUAGACCCACAACUCCUGAAGUUGUAAUUGCUGCAGCUUCUUCAUUCUCAGACAAAACUCAUCCUCCAUGUCACAGGAAAGGUAGUCCUAGGUCUAUGUCGGGACCAGAGAAAGUAUGUCUUCUUAGAGAGAAUGUACAAAUUGUGAAUGAAGUAGAAGGGACUAAAACAAAUGUG